AUGGAGUGGGGUGAUAAAGAGAACCGAAUCGCUGUGAUUGCAUUACACAAAAAAGGUAAAUCUGAAAAUAUUUGGGAUCAUUUCACUCAUAAUAAUCCAUCCAUGAUACUUGAUGGUUCAAAUGGGGAUAUCGCUGACGAUUCUUAUCAUUUAUAUAAGAGAGAUGUGGAAAUGUUGAGAGAGCUGGGGGUCGAUUUCUAUAGAUUUUCUCUAUCGUGGACUAGAAUCCUUCCAACUAGUUUUCCGGAUAAAAUCAACGAAGCUGGUGUACAGUACUAUAAUAACUUAAUUGAUGAAAUGCUUAAAUAUAAUAUUCAGCCGAUGAUAACUCUUUACCACUGGGAUUUGCCACAGAAGUUGCAAGAACUAGGUGGAUGGACCAAUCCGGAAAUUGUAAACUGGUUCUCUGAUUACGCUCGUGUAGCUUUUGAGCUUUUUGGCGAUAGAGUGAAGUAUUGGAUUACUAUAAACGAACCGCAUCAAAUAUGUUAUUAUGGAUAUGGUUCUAUGUUAUUUGCUCCUGCAAUUAAUGUACAAGGAAUUGCUGAGUACAUGUGUGCUAAAAACGUACUGGUGGCUCAUGCUAAAGCUUAUCAUAUUUAUAAUAAAGAAUUCAGGCCAAAGCAAAAGGGAUCUAUAUCUAUUUCACUAAGCGCCCAAUGGUACGAUUCAGAAACUGAAGACCAUGUACAAGCUGCACACGAGGCUAAUCAAUUCAAUUGGGCAACAUAUUCCCAUCCAAUUUUUUCAAAGACAGGAGAUUUUCCUCCCGUAGUGAAGGAAAGAAUAGCAUUGAAAAGCGCUGCUCAAGGCUUCUCAAGAUCGAGGCUGCCCGAAUUUACACCUGAAGAGAUUGAACUUAUCCUAGGGAGCUCUGAUUUUUUCGGAUUGAAUCAUUAUUCAUCGUAUUAUGUAUAUAGAAAUGAAACCGUUCUUAACGCUUAUGAAGAACCUUCAUAUUGGGAUGAUCUUCAAGUAUUAAGUUAUCAGUUGCCUCAUUGGAUAAUUGGUGAAUCAACAUUUACCAAGUUUGUUCCAUGGGGCUUUUAUAAGCUAUUAAUGCAAAUUAAAAAUGAUUACGGAAACCCUCCUGUUUUCAUCACUGAAAAUGGUUUUGCGACUCAUGGUGGCCUGAACGACGAUGAUCGCGUCAAUUAUUACAGAGAGUACCUAUCUGCCAUGCUUGACGCCAUGGAUGAUGGCUGCGAUGUCAAAGGAUACACAGCAUGGAGUUUAUUAGAUAACUUCGAAUGGUCGCGGGGAUACACCGAGCGGUUUGGCUUAUAUGAAGUGGACUACAGUUCACAGCUACUCACACGUACACCACGCAAGUCGGCCUUCGUGUACAAGGAGAUCGUGCGGUCCCAUGAACUUAAUUAUCAUUACGAGCCCGAUAUGAGCAAGCCAAUCGCCGUCGAUGACUCUUUUCAU